AUGUUUUCCAAGACUUGGGUGGCAGAGAGAUUGAAGCAGAGGAGAGCCGUGAUGAAGUUCUUGUGGGUGCUUGGUCUUGUAACAGCACUUGUUUUCAGCAAAUGGGUUGACGGGUUUCUGAAGAAGAGUCUUAAUAAGACAGAGCCGUCUUUGUUGGAGACCUAUGGAGGCUCCAAUGCUGCAAAUAACACAUUAAUGGUAGAGUUGACCCUCAUUGAAGGAGCUGGUGCUAAAGGAGCAGUCUGCUUGGAUGGAACAUUACCUGCUUAUCAUUUGCAUCCUGGACAUGGAUCAGGUGCAAAUAGUUGGCUCAUUCACUUGGAGGGAGGAGCAUGGUGUAACGACACCCGGAGUUGUUCUAACCGCAAAAAUUCAGCAUAUGGAUCUUCAUCACUCAUGGAAAAAGAGAGGGCAUUUACUGGAAUACUAAGCAAUGAAGCUGAAGAUAAUCCUGAGUUUUUCAACUGGAAUAGAGUAAUGCUUCGCUAUUGCGAUGGUGCUUCUUUUUCUGGGGACAGUGAAAACAAGGAAGCAAACCUGCAAUUUAGAGGACAACGUAUAUGGUUGUCUGCAAUGGAAGAUUUGAUGUCGAAGGGCAUGCGCUAUGCCAAUCAGGCUCUUCUUACUGGUGGCUCUGCUGGCGGUCUGGCAUCCAUUUUGCACUGUGACGAGUUUUGGGGCUUAUUUCCCACAACUACAAAAGUGAAGUGCAUGAGUGAUGCUGGAUUUUUUCUUGACGCGGUUGAUAUUUCUGGUGGACGCACACUCAGGAAUUUAUAUACUGGUGUUGUAGGCUUGCAGGGGGUGCAAGAGAAUCUGCCACAUUACUGCACUAGCCACCUCGAUCCUACUUCGUGCUUCUUCCCUGAGAACUUAAUCGCCAACAUCACAACCCCGCUAUUUAUACUCAACGCAGCAUAUGAUUCAUGGCAGAUACAAAACAGUUUAGCUCCUUUAUCAGCAGAUCCCCACGGCGACUGGAACGGUUGCAGAUUAAACCUUGCAAGUUGUUCUCCAUUCCAGAUGCAAUUUCUGCAAGGAUUUAGGAACCAAAUGUUGGAUGCAUUAAAACAAUUCUCAAUGUCUGAUCAAAAUGGGAUGUUCAUAAAUUCAUGUUAUGUGCACGGUCAAACGGGGCAAGGUGCAUGGUUUGCUCCUGAUUCUCCUGCUGUUGGAAACAAGACGAUUGCAGAAGCAGUUGGAGAUUGGUAUUUUGACCGAGCAGAAGUUAAGGUUGUUGAUGAAAAUUGCCGCCAUCUGGUUCCUCCAGUGACAGCCUAG